ACACUAACCACUCUGAACAGGUCUUGUCCAUUUGAUAUCAGAUUCAAGAAGGAUCAUGGUUAUGUUGGUCGCGUGUUUGCUUUCGACCUUAGCUGUAAGCCUGGGGUUGACUACGAACUCAAAAUCUUCAUCGAGUACCCUCGAGGCUCUGGUUGCGUUUUUCAAAGCGCAUCUGGAGUCGCCAAGCAGAUGUACACAGAAUCUUUGAAGGAAAUUGCAAAGCCACUUUCCUCUGGGUUCAAGUAUUUAGAGUACGAGAAAGAUCGCUCCAAAGGAGAAUGGCGUUUACUGGGAGAAUUUCUUCCUGAACCGGUGCGAUUGUUCAAGGAAGCUGUCAAUCCCGAAUUUCUCGCCAAACCUCAGCUCGAUGCAGAAUUUCCAGUUCUACCCAAUGUGAAUCUCAGCUUCAACCGGUCCGGCCCCCAGUAUGGGCGAAAGCGAAAAGGUGCAAUUGAUUUAGAAGAAUUUGAAGUAGCAGCUGGAAAACGUGCUGGAGCCAUGCAUGGGCGCAUGACUCGGGAUGAUGCCUUACAUAGUGUUUGGGUGCAAAACCAAACAGCUGAUGGUGUCAAACUACCAGUUCAUUUACCAGGGACACCACUGCCCCCAGGGACCCCAGUCAGUUCCAUACCAUCUGCCUCAGUUCCACCGAUGGUGUCACUGGCAGUCUCAAAGGGUGCACCAAGCCUGGCAGUGUCUGAACAUGCCCGUACACAAGUGAAAUCUCCCAUGGGCACCAUGAUGAAUCGAUUCGAAUUACCACCCACCUCAGUGCUACGUGAAGAUUCAAGGAAUGGUCCAAAUACCCUUGUGGCUGGUUCACCUGGCAGCGAGCGGUUGUCACCACGCCCACAUCAAUCACCCAGACCCUUACCUAGCUCUGGUGGAGCUAAAGGCCCAGAUGCAGCAGAAGGUGACAUGAAGGGAAGGAGCUCCACAGUGAAUAUUCUGACUUGCAGUCUUUGUCGUGACAAGCUUGAAGACACCCACUUUGUGCAGUGCCCAUCUGUUGCUCACCAUAAAUUCUGUUUCCCUUGUUCACGUGACAGUAUCAAGAAGCAAGGAGCUGGCUCAGAAGUUUUCUGUCCAAGUGGAGAGAGAUGCCCAUUACAAGGCAGUGAUUUGCCUUGGGCAUUCAUGCAAGGAGAAAUUGCGACCAUUCUUGGAACUGAAUACACUGUAAAAAAGGAAAAAGAUACAUAG